UGGCCGAAAUCCAGAGAUUCUAAAUCACCUGAAAUUCUUCCAACAACUUUGUGCAUUUUAGGUUUAAAUUCAGCUUCAUUAAAUCAAAAAUUAAAAUAGAAAAAGAAAUUCAACUUCACGAUUCGGUUAGAGUUAUGUUCUUCGAUUAACCUUUCAAUUAUCCUACACCAGAAAGAAGAAAGAAUGAGGUGUUCGCGAUUCCUACACGUAUCACAACAAAUCCGAAGAACCCUAAUACAGAACCCUAAAUCCAACCACCAAUCGCAGCUCCAAUCUCGUAUUGCGAUCUUGGCGCGCAGUUUCAGCACCGAUUCUUCUUCCCAGGAUUCGAACCCGGUCGUGAAAUCCGAGAAGGUUUCGUUGAUCGUGGACGAGCUCACAGCGCUGACGCUAAUGGAAGUGGUGGACCUGGUGGAGAUUAUGCAGAAGAAAAAGGGAAUUAACGAGUUACCGUUGAUGAUGCUGAUGACCCCGGGAAUGGAGCUCGGGGGAUUGAAGGGUGCUCUGAGAAAAGGUGCGGCAAAGGGAGGUGGUGGUGCUGGCGCUAGUGCUGCCGGAGAGGAAGCAAAGAAGGAAGAGAAGACGGUGUUUGACGUGAAGCUGGAUGCUUUCGACGCCGCGGCGAAGAUCAAGGUGAUAAAGGAGGUGAGAACUUUCACGAGCUUGGGGUUGAAGGAGGCGAAGGACUUGGUGGAGAAGGUGCCAACGGUCUUGAAGAAGGGUUUGACAAAAGAGGAGGCUGAGGCCAUCAUUGCCAAGCUCAAGGAGGUUGGAGCAAAAGCCUCAAUGGAAUGAAGGGAACGGAUAGAACGAAGAACAAAAAUGGGAGUUGAACCAUUUUGUUAUGAUCAGGUGUAGCAGCUAUUGCGUCGCACCAAUUUCCCAUCAGCAGGUGACGAAAGUAUCUUAAAGAUCUUUCCAUGAUGCAUAGCAGUCCAUGAUGCAUAGCAGUUAUACUUUUCUGUAUUGUAGAACUUUGCUGAGCACAUUAUGCUCCUUGCUUGCUUACCUUUUUCAUUGUUAUUCUCUCAUGUACCAGGCUUGGAAGCCUUGAACUUUCUUGAUAAUUUCUUAACCAUUGAUAUAGAAUUGGAUUCUGAUGGCAGAAUAUUUUUUGAACUGACAAUAUGUUCUACUUGCUGGUAGACUUUCGUAA